AUGGCAAAUUUAAACAACUGCCUUGAACUGUCUACCAAAGAACUCGACCUGGUCAUCUUAGCAAACAUACAAGCUGUAACCCAUUUCGAAAAUAUCGGAGAGAAAAGGAGCAGAAGCCCUCACUGUAAUUUCCUCUUCCAGUCAAAGCCGAUUUGUCGAGAAAUGUUUCUUAUACUCUAUGGUUUAAGCCACUCCUGCUUUCGCCGGCUGAAGGAACAUUACGAGAGCAACGGCCUUUCAUCUAGAACCCAUGGAAACACAAAGCGGCUUCCCCCGAACACUCUUUCGCACACUGUGGUAGAAGAUGUCAAUGCGUUCCUUUCAAACUAUGCGGAGGACCACGCGGUAUCACUUCCUGGGAGGAUUCUGGGGUAUAAAGACGAAGACAUUAAGCUCUUGCCUUCACACAAGACAAAGAUGAGUGUUUGGCGCAGCUUUGAAGCCUCUUGCAAAGCUGCCGGAAAGCAGGCCGUGAGCUAUCCGAAGUUUGUUAAACUUUGGGAACAAUUCCAUCCAAGUGUUGUGGUCGCAAAACCAAUGACUGAUUUAUGCGAGACUUGCCAGCGAAAUACAACCAAGCUGCUUCGAUCUGCGAAUCUUCCUGUUCACGAAAAAUCAGAAUGCGUCCGAAAACAGCAAGAACAUUUAGACCUGGCGCAGGCUGAAAGCAAUGUGUAUAAGGAGGCAUGCAAGGAGGCAGAGAUCAAUUUUAAGGAAAUCGAAGACACUACUGACUUGAGUGCACCACACGAACCAUGUUCAUUCCGUGGGACAAUGCAUUAUUCGUUUGAUUACGCGCAACAAGUGCACAUUCCCAGCAAUCCGAUGCAACCAAGACCUAUUUAUUUCAAGACGCCAAGGAAGUGUGGUAUUUUUGGAAUUAUCUGCGAAGCCAUACCUAGACAGGUCAACUACUUAAUUGACGAGGCCUCAAACGUGGGAAAAGGCGCAAAUUCAACUAUUAGUUACAUGCACCAUUACUUUGAAAACCACGGGCUGGGAGAAACGCACGCUCACCUUCACGCAGACAAUUGCUUGGGACAAAACAAAAACAACACUUUCUUAUGGUACCUUGCUUGGAGAAUAAUAACAGAACUGCAUAAACAUAUCAGUUACUCUUUUCUUAUUGCUGGUCACACAAAGUUUGCACCUGAUCGCUGCUUUGGGAUAAUCAAAAAGUGUUACAAAGUAAACUUUGUUUCCUCACUUUACGAACUUGCCGGGAUGGUUGAGGCAUCAAGCACGACUGGAGUGAACAAAGCCCAGUUGGUCGGAACUCACGACAACAGAGUCAUCGUACCAGUUUAUGACUGGACAUUACUUCUUGGACAAUAUUUUAAAAGAAUACAAAAACAUUAA